AUGCCUCUCAAGUUCUACUAUUCUCCCAUGUCCAGUGCGGACGUCACACGCGCAGUCAUUGCUGAGCUGGAGCAUGGGCAGAGCGAGCCAUUGGCUGAGACAGUCAAUGUGAAGAUUACCGAGGGUGAAGCUAAAACUGAGACAUUCCUGUCCAAAGUGAACCCCAAUGGCCUUGUGCCCGUCAUUGUCCACGAUGGCGUCACUAUCUGGGAAUCGGCCGCUAUCACCAUCUACCUUGGCGAAACGUUCGGUGUCGACCGCAAGGUUGAAGGCGUCAGGACACCGCUUUUCCCCGAAGCUGGAACUCUUCGCGGCGAAGCUAUGAAGUGGAUUGUUUGGCCCAACUUGCACCUCGCUGCCCAUACUCUUCCACUGCAUGAUGGCCAGCCACCAGAAAUCAAGGCACUAGAGAGCCGCUCUAGGGCCGACAUUACAAAGUCUCUUUGUGUGCUUAAUGGUGCGCUUGAAGGACGAGACUACUUGCUCGGAUCGGAGUACACGUUGGCAGAUACGCAUGUGUGGAGCUUUGUGGGCUACAUGACCAUGUGCAAGUUCGAGCUUUCGAAGACGCCCAACGUCGAGGCCUGGUUUAAGCGAGUCUCAAGCCGCCCCCAACUGAAAGCAUUAAAAUAA